CUGAGAAAAGUUGCUCUGUGGAAGCGGAACAGAUCCGCGGCUGGACGGAGGGUUUAAACUCAUAUUUCUGUGAGAGUUCAGAUAUAAAGUUACAGUUUAAACGCGGGGUUUGUGUUAUUACAGCAUGGAUGAGCUGCAGCGGAUCUGUAUAUCGCUGUUCGGGUGUAUGGCAGUGUUGUUGAGCGCUGUAAACGCGUUCAGUCCUAAUGUAGACAGUGAGUUCACGUUUCUUCUGCCCGCAGCGAGGACAGAGUGUUUCUACCAAACAGCGAUUCACAACGGCAGCAUCGAGAUCGAGUAUCAGGUGAUCGCUGGAGCCGGAAUGGAUGUGGAUUUCUCCGUCAUCUCUCCUCAGGGGAUUCAUCUCAUCUCAGAGUUUCGCCGCUCUGACGGGGUUCAUAUGGUGGAGCCCACAGAGGCAGGAGACUAUCAGAUCUGCUUUGAUAACACCUUCAGCAGGUUCUCUGAGAAGAUGGUCUUCUUCGAGGUCAUCAUGGACAACCAGGCCAAUGACGUAGGAGUGGACGAUGAGUGGGCGGGGCUAGGAGAGCCUGAGAGCUUAUUAGAAUACAAGUUGGAAGACAUAAGAGAGACGAUGGACUCUGUGCACCGGCGGUUGGAGCGCAGUCGUCAGAUGCAGACAGUCUUGCGAGCGUUCGAGGCGCGUGACAGGAACCUGCUGGAGGACAACCUGUGGCGGGUCUCCUUCUGGUCCUGUGUCAACCUGCUAGUCAUGUUAAGCGUGGCGCUCACGCAGGUCUACACCGUCCGACGCUUGUUUGACGACAAACGGAGAGUCUGCUCUUAAAAUCAUGCAAACGUCACACUGACUUUUCAUAUACGACACGGGGCUGGAGAACUCGAGAGAGAAGUUACAAUGAAAGACAAAACAGAAGUGAGACGAGGAAGUUCAGAGACCACAGUGCCUUUACUACUUUGGUUCUAGCGCCGUGGGCUAGUAGCAAUGAUGCUUAUGUCACUUCUGUUACAAGCACUCUCAUUGGACGAUCUUGUUAUAUAAGAAUAAUAAUGUGACUAGUUUUAUUCAUUUUUGGUCAUGAAACUAAUUUCAUUUGACCAUUUUGUCUUUCAACUGUAUAUUUCAUCUGUUUUUGACUUUAGUUGUGCCAUUUCAUACACCGCAGAACCACAUUGACACUGAUAAUGUGAGGUUAGGCUGUUUUGGGAGAUGCUGUUUUUAUUUUUUUAAGGUUUGAAUGAGUUUAAAAUUAACAAAGGGAAUAUUCUGUACAGCUGUUUGCUUUUUAAAGACUUUUACACAAUAAAAAAAUACAAAAUGA